AUGGCACCCAUACGCCGGUACCUGAGGAUUACAAAAUAUUCCGUUCUUGAAUGCAGGAUAUACUUGGACAACCCAGCGCUGGCACAGUCGUGGCUUCUAAACCCCCGAAAUCCCAUUCUUCCACAGGUCAUCGAAGCCAUCCGACCACUCGUGAUACCCAAGCUCCGUGAAGAAAAAGAACGAAGUAAAAAGAAGAGCACAAAGAAGAAGACGAUCAAAGAUGUCAUCGUAAAAGAUGACUUUGAGGUUUCCGUCUUCUUAAUGGAAACCGACACACGGCAUUCUCUGCUCACGAAGCAAAAGUUCUUCCGGGACAAGGCCCCAUCCGCACUGCAGUCCAACGCAUCAAGGCUCAUCGCAGAGACUAAUGCGACUCCCAUUGACGUGGAUGCCAACGACUUUGCGCCAAUCCGCAUCGAGGAGGACAGUGACAAUGAAGGCGUGGCGCUCAGCGAUAUCCCCUCCGCCAACACCAACACCAACACCAACACCAACACCCGCCGGCGGACAAAGCGCCAAAGGAGCAAUACCCUUGAAAUCGACGACUCGGACGAAUUCGAAGAUCCUCUGCCAAAACGCCCCAGGGGCCCCGUGAAACUACCAGCAGAGCCAGAGGGGGAGUUUCACGAUGACUACAAGAAAAAGCUCGCAAUGGACGUGUCAUAUGAGGGGUUCGCAAUUUACGGCCGCGUCCUUUGUUUGAUCGUCAAGAAGAAGGAGAACAAGACGCAGCAAAACCUUGGGGGCCAGGCCAUGAUGGAGAACUGGAUCGCGUCAACGCAAAUACCAGUUGGCGAAGAGGCCGCAUGA